GCAAUGGCUAAAAAACAAGCAACGAAGUUACCAUCGACAGUAAAGAAGCAACUCAUUGAAGAGAUUGCACAUUUUGUGGAAGCUCAUGAAAAAGAAGCGGAGAGGCGGCGGAAGGAGUUGACUGAGAAGGUCGACGAACUGUAUCUGCAGCUGCGAGAUGAUCUUUUCAAAGCAUCUGAGUUUGUUCUACCAGAGAGCGUGCUCAAUGAGAAUCUUUAUCAAUUCUUGGAUGCAGCAAGUACGGAAGGAUCGGUAGGAUUAUCUGAUGAUUUACCUACGAGAAGCAGCACUUCUGCGGGAGACUUAGAGGUGAAGUCGACUGAACUUGAAACGGGGUCGGUCAAUGCUGCUUCGCAAAUGGUCUCCAGGCUGAGGGAAUGGCCAUCGGUUGCUGGCAACCUAUGGUCGUUCCCUUACCUUAUUUGA